CAGCCGCUCUCUUCGGCGGCAGGGGCAUGGAGGAGCGGCGGGCUCCGAGCCGCGCCCCGGAGUCCCCGAAACUUCCGAGCAGGCGCCCGAUCGCGCCGCUGCCGCCGCAGCCACCUCACCUGCCGGCCUGAGAGCGGGACCAUGGAUGAAAGGUUCAACAAGUGGCUGCUGACGCCGGUGCUCACUCUCCUCUUCGUGGUCAUCAUGUACCAGUACGUGUCCCCUUCCUGCACCAGCUCCUGCACCAACUUCGGGGAGCAGCUCCGCUCCAGGGAGGCCCGCCCGCCCCCUGUCCCGAGUCCUGCCCGAAGGGCACAGGCACCCCCAGAUGAGUGGGAGCGGCGGCCCCAGCUGCCACCGCCACCCCGGGGACCGCCCGAGGAGUCUCGCGGGGUCGCGGUUCCUGAGGAUGAGGAUGAGGAUCCGGGGGACCCGGAGGAGGAGGAAGAAGAAGAAGAGGAGUCGGACCCCGAGGCGCCCGAAAACGGCUCCCUGCCCCGGUUCGUGCCGCGGUUCAACUUCACCCUGAAGGAACUGACCCGCUUCGUGGACUUCAACAUCAAAGGGCGGGAUGUGAUCGUGUUCCUGCACAUCCAGAAGACCGGGGGCACCACGUUCGGCCGGCACCUGGUGAAGAACAUUCGUCUGGAGCAGCCAUGCAGCUGCAAAGCUGGCCAGAAAAAGUGCACCUGCCACCGGCCGGGCAAGAAGGAGACCUGGCUCUUCUCUCGCUUCUCCACCGGCUGGAGCUGCGGGCUGCAUGCCGACUGGACCGAGCUCACCAACUGCGUGCCAGCCAUCAUGGAGAAGAAGGAUUGUCCCCGCAACCACAGCCACACCAGGAAUUUCUACUACAUCACAAUGUUGCGGGACCCAGUGUCACGUUACCUGAGCGAAUGGAAACAUGUCCAGAGAGGGGCCACAUGGAAAACCUCUCUCCAUAUGUGUGAUGGAAGGAGCCCCACCCCAGAUGAGCUGCCUACCUGCUAUCCUGGGGAUGACUGGUCGGGGGUCAGCUUGCGGGAGUUCAUGGAUUGUAGCUACAACCUGGCCAACAACCGCCAAGUGCGCAUGCUGGCUGACCUCAGCCUGGUGGGCUGCUACAACCUGACUUUUAUGAAUGAGAGUGAGCGGAAUGCCAUCCUGCUGCAGAGCGCUAAGAACAAUCUCAAGAACAUGGCCUUCUUUGGGCUCACUGAAUUCCAGAGGAAGACGCAGUUUCUCUUUGAAAGGACAUUCAACCUCAAGUUCAUCUCUCCUUUCACACAGUUCAACAUCACACGGGCUUCCAACGUGGACAUCAAUGAUGGUGCCCGUCAGCACAUCGAGGAGCUGAAUUUCCUGGACAUGCAGCUUUAUGAGUACGCGAAGGAUCUCUUCCAGCAACGCUACCAUCACACCAAACAGCUAGAGCACCAGAGAGACCGCCAAAAGAGGCGUGAGGAACGGCGGCUUCAGCGAGAGCACAGAACACAUCGGUGGCCCAAAGAGGAUAGGGCCAUAGAGGGGACAGUGACUGAGGACUACAACAGCCAGGUGGUUAGAUGGUGA